AUGGAUAAGAGGGUGGAGAACACUGGGUUUAUGUCUGAGGCUGAGUCUUCAACAUAUGUCUCCAUAUCACAAGAGCACAGGUAUACCAUUGACCAGAAGCCCUGGGAAAAUAUCCCAAGUAACAAGUAUCUCAGUUCCAGAAUUACCACUUUGGUAAGCCCUAUCAUGAAUUCUUCCUCCUUUCUUCUCACUGGAUUUUCUGGCCUGGAGCAGCAAUACCUCUGGAUCUCCAUUCCCUUCUCUGCCAUCUAUGCCAUGGUGCUUUUGGGCAACUGCAUGGUGCUGCACGUGAUCCGAACAGAGUCCAGUCUGCACCAGCCCAUGUUCUACUUCCUGGCCAUGCUGGCCCUCACUGACCUGUGCAUGGGGCUAUCUACCAUGUACACGGUGCUGGGCAUCCUGUGGGGAUUCGUUCGUGAGAUCAGCCUGGAUUCCUGCAUUGCCCAGUCCUAUUUUAUCCAUGGUCUUUCCUUCAUGGAGUCCUCUGUCCUCCUUACUAUGGCCUUUGAUAGGUAUGUUGCUAUUUGCAAUCCACUGCGUUAUUCCUCCAUUCUGACUAAUUCCAGGAUUUUCAGAAUUGGACUCACCAUAGUAGGUAGGAGUUUCUUUUUUAUUACACCCCCCAUCAUCACUCUGAAAUUUUUCCAUUACUGCCGUUCCCACAUCCUCUCUCACCCAUUCUGCCUGCACCAAGAUCUUCUCCGCCUAGCUUGCUCAGACAUCAGAUUCAAUAGCUACUAUGCCCUGAUGCUGGUCAUUUUCACACUGCUGUUGGAUGCUAUUCUGAUCUUUUACUCCUAUUUCCUGAUACUUAAAUCAGUCUUGGUAAUUGCUUCUCAGGAGGGGCGGCAUAAAUCAUUUCAGACUUGUGUCUCCCACAUUUGUGCUGUUCUCGUGUUCUACAUCCCUAUCAUUAGCCUGACAAUGGUGCACCGUUUUGGCAAACAUCUCUCCCCUGUGGUCCAUGUACUUAUGGGCAACAUCUACAUCCUUUUCCCACCUUUGAUGAACCCCAUCAUCUACAGUGUCAAGACCCAGCAGAUCCGUAGCAGAAUGCUCAGACUCUUUUCUCUGAAAAUACGUUGA